AUGGAUCAUUCAUGGCGUCCUCCGCCUCUGCCACUAGUACCAGGUAGACGACCUACGUGGUAUGGUAGUAACCCUAGCUUAGAUAUGAGUCCGUAUAAUGCCGUCGUCGAUCCUCCUAUGGUUAAUGGAAAUUAUAGUAAUCAUCAUACGGGUGGUGUUGGCUCUGCUGGUUAUGGAUAUGAUGGCUAUGAUAAUGGCGGAAUUAAGAGAAUGAAAAUUGAACCCAUUGAUAAUAACAAGGGUCCUAGAGGAUCCUUUAUGGGUGGUGAAAUUGCAGAUACAUCAAGGUCCUCAUCUGACAAUGAGAGAAUAUUGAAGUUGAUUCAUGAUCAUGGCAAUGCUGCCAAUGGUGGUCUUCCUAAAGUAGGCGCAAAUUCAACUUCGGAAUCCAAUUGUGAAAAUGGCAAUAUAUAUGCACAUGAGAAAUUUGGAGAAACUCGUGAAGUUAGGGAUGACAUGGGAUCCAAACGGAAACGUGAGAUGAGUGACUUUCCAAGUAGCAGGGAAGAUCAUGGAGCAGUGUAUGCGAAGAAUAAUGUGCAUUUUGAUCAAAGAGAUGAACAAACACAGGAUCACCAUAGAGGAGCAGCUCCAUAUCAUUCUGUUUUGCAGAGAAGUGAACUGAAUCAAAAAUUGCACGAGCCACGUAUUGGAACUUUACAAGAGAAUCAUCACAAUUUGCAGCGAACAACUCAGAUUAAGUUGCCACCACCUGCUUAUGUUAAUACACCUAGUUCUUUUGGGACAAACUUUGGUCCAGUGGAGGUUCCUUAUGCUUAUCGUGGCCAACCUCCUCUUCCUGUUUCCCCUCCACCACCACUACCCAUAGACCCACCACGGAAUCAUUUCUUUGAGCCAUUCACUUCACCACCAGUACAAAAGCCCUCUUUGUUUCCUAUUGGUGUUAGUUCUUCAGCAGACUCGUUAUCUUCAUCAUCAUCAUCACGUUCUGCAAUUCCUGAACACCAAUCAUCUACACAAGUUUAUUAUGCCAAUAACGCAGGUCACCAUGCUUCAACUCUUUCUUCUGUUGAGGAAUUUUACACCCGGCAAUCUUCAUCUGAAAAACAUCUGAGAGAUGUUCAACCGUUUCCAUUGCAGCAUAUAUCUUCAGAGAAGCCAAAUAUUAUUGAUGCUUCUCGCAUAUUUAAGCAGCCACAUCGAGUAUCUCGUCCUGAUCACUUGGUGAUAAUCCUACGUGGACUUCCAGGUAGUGGAAAGAGCUACUUGGCAAAGGUGCUGCGUGAUAUUGAGGUUGAAAAUGGUGGGGAAGCACCACGCAUUCAUUCAAUGGAUGAGUACUUCAUGACUGAAGUUGAAAAGGCUGAAGAUAGUGAGUUGUCAAAGUCUUCUGGUUCUCUUAGAGGCAAGAGACAAGUAAUGAAGACUGUGAUGGAGUAUUGUUAUGAACCUGAAAUGGAGGAGGCUUAUCGAGCAAGCAUGCUGAAGGCAUUUAAGAAGACCCUUGAUGAGGGGGUUUACUCCUUCAUAAUUGUGGAUGACCGCAAUCUGCGGGUAGCUGAUUUUGCUCAGUUUUGGGCAACUGCUAAGAGAUCGGGUUAUGAAGUAUACAUAGUGGAAGCCUCAUACAAGGAUCCAGCAGGUUGUGCGGCUAGGAAUGUGCAUAAGUUUAGCCUGGAUGAUAUACAGAAGAUGGCUACACAAUGGGAAGAAGCUCCAUCAUUGUACUUGAAAAUGGAUGUCAAGUGUUUACUCCAUGGAGAUGGUUUUGAUGAAGGUGGGAUUCAAGAGGUGGACAUGGAUAUGGAAGAUGAAGAUGAUGAUGCUAUAGAUGGUAAAAGUCCACAUGAGAAUAUGAAAGAGCAGGUGGAUGAUUUAACACCUCAUGGUGAUGAUGAUGAUGAUGUGAAGAAGAAGAAGAAGAAGCAUAAUGAUACACCAGAAGUGAAACAUUUGAGUAGAAGCAAAUGGUCAAAUGAUAUGGAUGGAAAUGAGUAUGAGUCCCAUGAAGAAGAAGCAACACAAAAUGGUGGUGCUCUUUCCGGCUUAAUUCAAGCAUAUGGAUAUAGUAAGGAAGGUAAAUCUGUACGCUGGGGUGAUCAGAUUCAGGGUGGAAAUGUUGGGUUCUCAAUAAGCGCAACAAGAAAAGGAAAAGCAACCACAGCAUCAUUAGUUAUUGGGCCUGGUUCAGGUUACAACUUGAAAUCAAACCCAUUAUCAGAGGAAGAGUGCAUAAAGGGAGGUGUUGAGUCAAAAAGUCAAAAUGUAUUCCAAGAACGUAUCCGGGCAGAACGUGAAUCUUUCAAAGCUGUUUUUGAUAAAAGGCGACAUCGGAUUGUUCUUUGGUUAGGAAGUUCCGGAAUGUGGAAUGUUGUUUGUGGAUUUCUAGCCUCUUCUAUUCCCAUUUGGUUGGAUGGAAAUACAUGA